ACAGCAAAGCUGACCUGGACCCCUGAGCCGCCUCCCCCCUCCCACCUGAACCAGAGUUGGGACCACCUGGUGACAGCUGGAGCAGGUGCCAACGCAGCAAUCUCUCCGAGCAUGUGACCUCCACUGCUGAUUUCUACCCAGAGGACACGAGCAUAUGAGUUCCCAAAGAAUGUAAAGCAGCCACAGGAAGUUAGGAAGGGGUUGCUAGUUUAAAACAAACACAGGGCUUCCUACAUAAGGACCAGACAGCUACCGGGCACCACUUCCACCAGGAACCCCAGGCCCACCUGACACCAUGCCCUCCCCGGGGACCGUGUGCAGCCUGCUGCUCUUCAGCGUGCUGUGGGCAGACUUGGCCAUGGCAGGCUCCAGCUUCCUGAGCCCCGAACACCAGAAGGUACAGAGAAAGGAAUCCAAGAAGCCACCAGCCAAACUGCAGCCCCGAGCUCUAGAAGGCUUGAUCCACCCAGAAGACACAAGUCAAGUGGAAGGGGCAGAGGAUGAACUAGAAAUCCGGUUCAACGCCCCUUUUGAUGUUGGAAUCAAGCUGUCAGGGGCUCAGUACCACCAGCAUGGCCAGGCGCUGGGGAAGUUUCUUCAGGACGUCCUUUGGGAAGAGGCCGAUGAGGUCCUGGCAGAUGAGUGAUCAUCCACUAGAACGACCCACUUGCUUUCCUCCCAACCUGACAGCGCCCACCUGGCUUUUAAACUGUUUCUGCAACAACACCCAGUUCUGAGUGGUACUAGCUUAAGAGGUGAAUAAACAUUCAUGCUGUAUGCCGAA